AAAUGACGGGCGACACCGCCUGCACAAUGGGGCCAACCCAUCCGAAGAGGAACACAUUCAACGCCCAUCAUCGAGCCUGCGUUGUCCCUUGGAACGCGAGCUUCUGCAAAGCUGGAGGCGCUUCCCUGUUCAAGAAAGAAUGGGCGACAAACUAGUCGAUGGAUGUCUGCACCAGACACCUGGUCCGCAUUAAGCUUCCUCGGGACCUCCAGAUUCGACAACACAGACCUUGCACACACACAGUUUUACUCGGCGGUGGAACUUCCACUGUGACUGCUUCGGGGGCUCGUGAAGAAGCACAGCACCUCGCCGAGUGGGAGGCCUUCGUGAUGCUGAUUCUACGAGUGCACGGUUGCAUUCGCCAGGUGCAAUUCAAUAUCUGGAUGUCGUCAAUGUCUACCCGGCCUUUCUACCGAUCAUUCCAGAUCCAAGAGGGUUGUGUCAUUGUUGACCUCCAGACUGCUGCAAUGCGCGAACCGUCCAGAAUGUAUGGGAUCCCUUUCUACCUUUCCCAAAUCAUGGAUGAAGGCCUGCCAGGAAUAAACCUGCCAAGACUCAUUAAGGUCGUCAAAGAAACGCCCUUCCUCGACAAGGUGGUUCUAUGUGUUCACAACACCACUUCCGAGCCAAGAACAAGCCGAGCGGUCUCGAAGAUCGUCGGUCUUAGCCGCAAGAGGGAAACGAAGCUGAAAUUUUGCGUCGACGCAUCGUGCGCGCCUUUUUUGCAUUGUACCGGCGACAGUGGCCACGUCGCAAGGACAGCGCUUAGCCUCCAGCGAAGCAUAACGCCGACGCACUUAACUGUUCGUGAACUGGCAGGCUCCAACAGCGCCCAAAGGCCAUUCCUAGUUGAGGUUACUUAUUGCGCUACUCGCACCAUUCACUACCACAUAUCCACUCUACAAGUAGUUAUGGGGCAGGAACCCCAUUCUCAGUCAACACAGUUGGCCUAGCGAGCGUCGUACGACAGUGAUUGUUUAGCAACACGUGUAUACCCAAUUGGGAAAAGCAUCAGUGCGAGUUUAGUAAAGUGCGUCCCUCUCUUACGACCGAAAAUGUGGCCGAUAAAAGGUCGCUUGAAGGUAUCCAAGUGCGUCAAAGGAUGCGCGCCGCUCUCAAGGGUUAAGCUUGCAUAGUGAUAUGUAUGUGGUCUAGUUUCCAGGAAGCAUUGACGGCUGGAGUUGUAGCUUCAUGUGUGGAAAGGCGGAGCCUUGUAGGUUAAGACGCGUAGAAAAAGCGCACAUGCCACUGGUGAUUUUAAGAGACAAGUUGCAAGUAGUAGCUAGCAAGUAGCGGAAUUAAUUUCGCAGGUCACAGGAAAUGCUUAUCAAUGUCGCUAAACGUCUGCAUUCCGUGAAUAAGUCCUACUCGUCGCGCUUCGGUUUUUAGUAAGAAUGGUAAUCUAGCUUUUACCAAAAUAUAUUUAUUGUGCACUAAAAGACACGACUCCGCUUUUGGAGCACACGGUUCUAUUCAUCAAGAGCGUGCUUCAGGCUUUAUAGCAUUAAACUUACUGCAUAAAUUAUUUUAUGCAGUAAGGACUAGUGCUGUUUUAUUUUCAUAUGUACGCAUCCAUUCAAUAGGCUAGCUAUUUUAAUUAUUUCAUGCAUAUACUUAACGUAUAUGUACACAAGGCGCCUUGCAGUAUCACGUCACAGUAUAUUUACAUUAGUUAGUUUUUGUACCAUCUGAGUUUAUUUAGAACAUAAGUAAUUUGUGCCCUUCGGGUGCCUUGAAAUACCGUUAUAGCGCUCCGAAUAUGCUCAUCGCUGGUCUCUUCGCGAAAGUGCGAUAUUCAUGGCUGGAACAUAAUUUGUAUUUUUCAUCAA